CUUUAUCAGUACUAAGAGUGAGCUGAGAGUUGAACAAAUUUAUCUUUCCACUUGAAGUUGCAAUAGUAGAAUUAUGAAAUAACUAAGGUAGUGUUCAGACAGCAUUGGAAGUGAUACAAUCGUCUCUAGAUAUUAGUUGAUUUUCGUGAAUAUAUUCAAAGAUUACACAAACUUACACGUCAGUGAAAAUAUUUUCUGCCGGCAAAAAUUUUUAAUUCAAAAACUCCAAAUAAAGCCACUUAAAAAGUUGUGCGUUUUUAUUCAGCAGCUGACAAUAAAAUUUCUAAUAUUUACAUUUGGCACUUCUGAGUAAAUAUUGAUCAUUUAAUUUAAAACAAGUAAAAACAAUUAUGACUGAUCAACAAAAGAAAAUAAACUUUAUUGAGAAUUCACUUCCAAAGCUGAUUCUUGAAAGAAAUGAGGAACUGAAAAAUCAUGACAUUGUUAAAUGUACGGCGACUCCGAAUUCACAAUUAGAUGGAUUUAUGGCAGCGAUUUAUUCGGUAGAGUUGGUGUUGAAGAAUCCAAAUGAAGAAAUCGAAACCCACAAAAUAAUCGUAAAGAUUAUGAAAGGCGAUCAUGAUUUUCGUGAGAAAACAAGUUCAUUUCUUCAAUGUUCGAAUGAAAUCUACUCAUACAGAAACGUGAUUCCAUAUUUCAAGAAGUUUAUAACUGAAAAUCCAGUAACAACAUUUAAUCCAGAUAAGUGGGUUCCAAGAAUCUAUUAUGCUGACCACAAGGUUUACAAAGAGUUGAAUGAUGAUGUUGAGUGUGUGCUUGCUUUAGAAAAUUUGACACCACAAGGUUUUCGCUUAGGCCCACGAAUCGAUUUAGAUGAAAAGCAUUUGUCCUUGAUGGUUGAACACAUUGCUUCAUACCAUGCUGUCUCGUAUGCAAUGAGAAUCAAAAAUGAUUCAAUGUUUGGAGAGCUAGCAAGUGGUUUAAAUCCAUUCGAGUUUCUCUCAGAUGAUGGGAAAGAGAUGCAGUCAUACAAUAUUCUUUAUAAAAUUGGACUUGAGAGAGUUUUUACUCUUGCUGAGAAGACUGAAGAGCUUCAUUCAGACACUGCUCUCAUGGACUCGGUUAAGAAAAUUAAGGAGAAAAUGUACGAACGACCUGUUGUAAUCAUGCAAAAGUUAUUGGCAAAAGAUGACACUUUCUGUGUCUUCCUGCAUGGAGAUUAUAAUCGCAAUAAUGUUCUGUUCGAUUAUGAAAAGUCAGAAGGAUUUGAUAGUCCAUUAGAGCUGAGAAUGUUUGAUUAUCAAGAAACUCGUGUAGCAACGCCAACAAUUGAUUUAGCAUUUUUCAUGUACAUGAAUAAUAUACCAACAAUUGAAGGCAUCUGGGAUGAGUUAUUGGAGCUUUAUCAUCGUACUUACAUGAAAUGUUUAAUCGACAUUCUCAAGUGUGAAGAGAAUGAUCCCAGAUUACUGCCAUACAGCUACGAAAAUUUCAUCAAUCACUUCACAAAGCAUGCAUUUUACGGAGUAAUGACUUGUUUCCAUUUCGUACCAUUCAUGGCCUGUUCAAGUGAAGAGUGUGAGAGAAUUUCUUAUCUUUUCGAGACAGAUAUGAAAGGUGAUGAAUUUAGACAAAUUCUACAGGUAUGCGGUGGUAAAAGUCUUGAUGAUAGACUUAUCAGUGCGCUCGUCCACAGCCACAAGAAAGGCUAUUUGAAAAUAUUCGAUUGAUUGAGAGGAAGGAAAGAGACACACAUUAUUCAAUUGAGUAAAUAACUGUUCAUGUAUGAAAUUUAUAAAUAAAAUUGUUGAUUACAAAUUUUG